AUGGGGUCGCACGCGAUCUUCCAGCCCGCCCACGGCGCAGCGGGGCACGAGCAGGGAUCACACAAACUGUCGCGCAGGAUACCCUGCCUGCGCGUGUCUGCCAGUAGGACCGGCGUGUCGAGAUCUCUGAGUCAACAGCGUACUAGCGCGGCCGGGGAGUGGUCUCACAGCGGGCGACAAGAGCGGCACGGCGCCCGCAGCAUAGGGAGGUGGCGGUUUCGGUCCGCCGAGAGCGGGUCGCCGGACGCUGGUGGUGCCGAUGUCGCUGAGAGUGCAGCAUCUCUCAGCGCACGCGCGAUCAUCAUCCGCAUGUUCGGCCAGCUGCGAGAUGCGCUCGUCCCGUUGAUGAUCUGUGUAUUGUCUGGUGAUGCUGUGCUCUGGCUGUUUCACCGCGUAUGCCAUCGGAUCACCAACGAGGUUGCAAUUUCAACUGGGAUGCUGACGAGGAACGUGCUGGAGAACGCGUGGUGGCUGUCGUCGGACCCGAACAUCAACACUGGCAACCCGGGCUACCAAGCUCUUGGUGUGUUGUUCUUCCUGCUCAUUGCCUUCCCGGUCGGGAUGGCCCUCAAGUCCGCCGCGACGGCGCUGGCGCUCCGCACGCUGGACGCCCGCGCGAGUGAGGGGUCGGGCGUGGACGUUGCGGCUGGGGAGGGGGAAGAAGAAGACCCUGUCAAGGUUGGGUGGGUUGACCGCAUCAAGCAGGCCGUCGCUGAGCUGCGCGGACACUGGCCGGGCGUGCGGGCUGCGUGGAAGCGGCUGUUCGCGGUCGAGGUGGCACUGACGCUGAGGAUGCUGCCGCUGCAGGCACUGUCCCUCCUGCUGGUGACGCUCCCCUUCACCCUCCCGCGCAUUGCGAACCUGGUGAUGUCGCACCCAAUCGCCGUCUUGGAGGAAGCAGACGCGAAGCAGACGCUGGAGCGCUCCCGCCAGCUGGCGGAGGGACGCAGACGCGUGGUGCUGUUGCCGCUGCUUGCGCCGCUGGUGGCAGGGAAGCUGAUCGAGGUAGCAGCGGGGCUGCUGAUGUCUGCGAGCAUCACGUUCUUCGUCGUUCGCGGCGUCGCGGAGAUCCCAGUGGCCUUCUACUCAGCACUCUCCUUGCUCGGUGUCGUCAUGAAGGUGGCGCAGGAGGUGGCGCCGUACACGGUGUACAAGCAGAUCACCGAAGCAGCGCCAGCAGGUGGCGCGUUGUGA